UUUUUUACCGUGUAUAUAAUUUGGAGGCGAUAAAAAUAAUUUGGCUCGAUGGUUCUCGGACUUAAUUUGUAUUUUCCCAUUUUUUUCAACGUUGUAUCGGAUUAUCCUACGGGAAAUUGUGUAAAAAACUGUGUCACGAAUCUCUUAACUGGUUUUUGUUGAAAAUAGUGCAAAAUUAUAUACAUUGUACAUUUGAACUAAGGAUUUAUCUAACGCACACAGCAGCAAUCGUCAACAUGUCUCGAGGGCCGGGUCUGAUUCCCAAUCGGUGGUUGUACUGUCCUCGAAAAUCCGAAUCGCUGAUUGCAGACAAGUUUUUGGCAUUCAAGACCCCUCUCAAGGACGACUUCGAGUCGCAGAUGCCGAUAGAGUGCUGUUUCACCCCGGAUAUGCUGUUCCAGGUGAUGAAAACCUACAAGGUUAAAAUCGGCCUCUGGAUUGAUCUAACGAACACAAAUCGUUUUUAUGAUCGCCGUGAAAUCGAAGACAACGGCUGCCAGUAUGUGAAGUUACAAUGCCGAGGCCAUGGAGAAACGCCCACGGUGGAACAAACAAGAGCGUUCAUAGAAAUCGUCGAAGAGUUCAAUCGGGACCAUCCGAUGGAAGUGGUAGGCGUACACUGCACCCAUGGGUUCAACCGGACCGGUUUUCUGAUAGCUUCCUACAUGGUGGAGAAACAGGAUUGUGCCGUUGAAGCGGCAAUCGCUGCAUUCGCGAGAGCUCGUCCUCCCGGUAUCUAUAAGGAAGACUAUAUCCGAGAAUUGUUUCGACGCUAUGAGGAUGAGGACGAUGCCAUACCGGCACCGCCACUACCAGACUGGUGCUUCGAACAAGGAGAAGGCUCCAGCAAUGGAUACGCGGCACCUGCUGAUGAGUGGGACGACUCAAACAAUCAAGAUCAGGAUCAGGAUGACAACGAACAUGGCAAAGAAAGUACCGGUGGUCAGAAACGUAGUCUUGAUGGUGAAAACAGUAGCGCGGAGAAUUCAGCCGGCGGUAGCAAACGCAAAAAGAUGAGGAAAGAAUUCUUCAAAAAAGACGCAAGAUUCAUGGAGGGAGUUAACGGAGUGUCACUCGUUAGUGAUCAACCGCGGCUUCAAAAUGUACAGCAAAUGGUGCAACGCAUGUGCGGGUGGGAAUCUACCGGAUUUCCCGGUUUGCAACCAGUAUCCAUGGAUAUAAAGAACAUAAAUUUUCUGCAUUUAAAACCGUAUAUGGUAUCGUGGAAAGCAGACGGUACCCGGUACAUGAUGCUAAUCGUAAAGAAAGAUGAAAUAUACUUCAUCGAUCGAGACAAUUCGUGCUUUGCGGUUUCGGGUAUUAGUUUUCCUAAGCACACGGACUUGCGUGGCCAUCUGACCAACACUCUGCUUGAUGGGGAAAUGGUGAUAGACAACGUGAAUGGGCACAAACGGCCACGAUAUCUGGUGUAUGACAUUAUCCGAUAUGAUAACGAAGAUCUGUCAAAGAAGCAUUUUUAUCCAGAUCGUUACAUGCAUAUUGAGCGGCGAAUAAUCGGACCUCGCACAGAAGCCAUGAAGCAGGGUAUCAUCGACCAAGCUCGACAGCCGUUUAGCAUAAGGCAAAAAGCAUUCUGGGACGUAACGAAAGCGCAGGCGUUAUUGGGUCCAAAGUUUGCCAAGACCCUUUCACACGACCCCGACGGUUUGAUAUUCCAACCUUCAGAGGAGGGAUAUGUUGCAGGAGCCUGCCCGGAAGUACUUAAAUGGAAACCGUCUACCUUGAAUUCCGUAGAUUUUAGAUUAAAGAUUGCAGAGGAGAGUGGCAUAGGCGUGCUACCGAAGAAAAUUGGCCUGUUGUAUGUAGGUGGUCUCGAUAAACCCUUUAGCCAAAUGAAACUUACGAGGCAACUGAGGGAGCUAGAUAAUAAGAUUAUCGAAUGCAAAUAUGAACCCAAUGUGGGGUGGGUUUUCAUGCGUGAAAGGACGGACAAAUCUUUCCCAAAUAGCUUCAACACAGCGGAAAAUGUAUGCUACAGUAUUAAACAUCCCGUUACGACUGACAUUUUGCUGAACUUUAUCGAAACAAGGAGGUUUAAAAGGGACCCACCUGUACCGGCUUUUCGCCAAUAGUGGUUUAUGAAAUUUAGUUGAAUCUGUUCAUUGUGUUCAACACAAUCUCUAUUAUUUUAUAUGAAUAAAAAAGUCUUAGAUUGAGAUUAAAAAUAUUGAAGAAUGAAA